AUGACUUUUAAAAAAUUUAAACUUCAGAAAAAGAAAAAAAUAGAAAACGAAAAACAACUUCCAAAAAUAAGGGAUCUUAAAGUACCUCAAACACAUAUAAAUAGAUCUCUAAUAGAUACUGUUGUAAUACUGUUACAUACGAAACAGAAUACUGGUCUUAGAAAAAUUUUAGAUUUACCACAAUCUGUUAUUGAUAAAAAUAUUUAUAUAUUGACUUCUAAAGUAUUAGAAAUUAGUUUAAAAGAUAAUUAUAGCAAUGAUUUAUGUUUUAAAAUAUUAAAAAAAUUAGUUAGAAAUGAACUUAAUGUAUAUUUACAUGAUUUACUGUUCAAAUAUCUUGAAGUGAGCAUUUUUAGUAACAGAAAUUAUAAGAAAUUAUUUUUCACUUGUAAAGAAAAUUGUUGCGACAUUAUUGUUAACAAUAAAGAAAGGUUACUAGAAAUUGUUGAAGACAAUGAUAUUAAACAGAAAAUUAAUGGACUUAAAUCUAGAAUUAAUAAAUGUACUAUAAAAGAUAAAAUAAUAUUUGUAAAUGGGGAAUUUAUUACUGCUUAUGAUAAUAUUACAAAAUAA